AGGCACUUCUUUCUCCUCCUUGUCAUCUGUGUGACAGUGUGUGCAGCAAGGAACAGUUCACUGACCAGUAUGGCUCCUCUCAGUGACGCCCACAUCCCACAGAGAACACCGAGUACGGAGUGGACAAGCCUGCAUUACUCUGCGCUUCGCUUUGCCCACUGCACUGAGAGAAAAUUAGGAGAUAGGCAGCUGUAUUCGUGUAUGCUACCACGAGAGGGCGCCACUCAUCCUGUUCCGUGUAAACCUGUGCAUGUUCGGCCUUAGAAAACAAAUUGUUUGCUCCAGCAGAGUAGCUGUAGUUCUAAGCCGUAGCAUUCCUUAGUUGACAUUGCCGUAGUCGUUAGUAGCCCUUCCCCACCAGAUAAUGUCUCUCCAGGACCCAUGGUUUUGCCAACAGAAAAAGCAACAUCAAUGAAAGAGGUCCAUUCUUCCUAAAUAUAAACAUUACUUUUCAACUCUGUCAUUUCAAGAUGUUGUCUGUGUUCUCGAUGCAUUUUCCUUCUCGGAACUUUGUGUUUUUCCUUUGGUUCAGCGUGACCAAUGGUGGGAAGACAACACUGGCUAAGAAACUGCAGGAGCACCUGCCACACUGCAGUGUCAUAUCCCAAGAUGACUUCUUCAAGCCAGAAUCUGAGAUAGAAAUAGAUAAAAAUGGAUUUUUGCAGUAUGAUGUGCUUGAAGCGCUGAACAUGGAGAAGAUGAUGUCAGCUGUUUCCUGUUGGCUGGAAAGGCAGCAGUCAGCAGACACAAACGAAGACAUUUCCAUUCUGAUCAUUGAAGGUUUCCUACUCUUCAAUUACAAGCCCUUUGAUACUAUAUGGAACCGAAGCUAUUUUCUGACCAUUCCAUACGAAGAAUGCAAGAGAAGGAGGAGCACGAGGGUCUACGAGCCUCCAGACCCCCCAGGGUACUUUGAUGGCCACGUGUGGCCCAUGUACCUCAAGCACAGACAAGAACUGAAGACCAUCCCAUGGGAAGUUGUUUACCUAGAUGGGAUGAAAUCGGAAGAAGACCUGUUUGCACAAGUACAUGAAGAUCUGAUGCAGCAACUAGCAAAGCAGAAGCAUUUUUCUUAAAAUUCCUGCUUUCCAGGCCUGGUGCGGCAGCCUAGUGGCUAAAGUCCUCGCCUUGCACGCACCG